CUACAUUCCAAUUUCAUCUGAUAAGCAUCGGGUUUCCUGUUAUAAUACACGAACUAUGGUGAGACAAACACAGCACGAAACAUCGUUUUUGUUCAUGAGGAUUCAGCUACACGAAUCCCACUGUUGGACAUAGAUAAGCACAAGAACAACUAUGGCAACGACAAAGGCGACAUUUAUUAUCAUGCUAACGGUAGUGUCAGCAGAUGGGUUCAAAAUAGAACGAAGGUUUAACGAUCCACUGGUCUUCAUAGCGAACCCUAUCGAAUCCAAUUUCCCAAGCCACUGGGUCCCCAUGAGCAUCGUGAAGGCAAUACUCUCUGGAAUCUCAACCACCAAGAAGGUGACUAUUAAACUGAAAGUUUCUAUACCUACUACAACGACAACUACAACGACUACGACGACUACAACUACAACUCCGAAACCAGGAGAUCCACCACCACCACCGCCACUACCUACUUCACCCGCACCCCCGGCACCAGAUCCACCUGCUACCACUCCCGCACCUGAUCCGCCGCCAGAUCCACCGCCAGAACCCGCACCAGAACCAGAACCAAAGCCAGAGCCAGAGCCUGAGCCUGAACCCGCACCGGAGCCGGAGCCGGAAUCGACACCUGAGCCGGAACCCGAUCCAGAACCAGAACCGGAUCCAGAACCAGAACAGGAAUCCGAGCCAGAACCUGAACCGGAAGAGGAAGAAGAAGAGGAGGAGGAAGAAGAAGAAGAUCCACCUACAACAAAAAAGAAAAGGAGAGCUACAGACAGCCACGACAACAUGGCUGGUCGAUCCGGAACUACACCAAUCAUUUCCCCGUCAUUCGCAGUAUCCGAAUCAUUUACUCCUACGACGUUAUCUCCUGAAGUAACAUCAUCUAUUUUUAAGACAACGUUAUCUCCUCAGGUGACUGAUUCGUUUGCUAAUACGACUACAACAUCGCCUGUGGUACCUGAAACAACUACUACUGUUUCGACAUCAUCUGCAGUGCCUAAGUCAACUACCACUACAACAACGUCAUCCCCAGAACCUGAGUCAACUACGGUUGACACAACGGAAUCAACUACGACUAAACCGAUAGUUACAAUGGGAACUUCUUGAUGAGAAUAAAAAAUCAAUUCACAUAGGAAUAACUUCAAUGACUGAUUCCUCAUUGAAAGUAAAUUUUAUUUAAUGUUAACUUUUUAAAUUUUAUUAAUAAAGCACUUCACUUUGUAAUAUA